AGAUUAUUCUAGGGAGUAACAAUUUCCUAUCUAACAUAACAACUGCUAAUUUUCCUGAAUUGUGUGUAUAGCGGAAGUUAUAUAGCUGUUUAUUUUUUUUAAUUGUCAGGUAGUUUUCUUUUUGUCAAUUUUAUCUGGCCAUCAUCUAUGCAAUUGGUAGUACAAAAAUGGUGUCAUAUUUUGGAGUAAAAGGAGGAGCUAGUUUAUGUAGAUUCUAUUAAUCUGAUUCAGUUAAAAAGCUCGAAUUCUUUAUGAAGAUUCUACUGCAUCUAGAAAGACAUGGUACUAACUUUUAACAUGACGAAAAGAUGACCACACUUUAUUUACAUCCUCUUCUUUCUCUCUCCUACUUCUUUAAUUUGCUUGUUCCAUGAUGAGAAAGAAGGUUGAAGAAGUAGAUGAUCAAAACAGGCCAAUUGAUAGACUCCCUUUUGACCUCUUGGCUCACAUUUUUGCUCUGCUUACUUGUUUCAAGGAUUUGGCUCAGACCAGUGCUGUGUGCAGGAAAUGGAGACAAGGGGUGAAAGAAUCGUUAGGUAGAAGAGAAAGAUUGAGUUUUUCUGGCUGGAAAGUGGAUGAUGAUUCUACUACUCGACUUGUACUUCAUGCUUAUAGUCUCAAGGAACUUGACAUUUCAAGGAGCCGGUGGGGUUGUCAAAUAACAGAUCGCGGGCUGUACCAAUUGUCAACUGCUAAAUGUAUUAGCAAUCUGUCAUCGCUAUCCUUAUGGGGCACUACUGGGAUCACAGACAUAGGCGUUGUACAGCUGAUCUCCAGAGCAAAUUCUAUACAGCAUCUGAAUAUCGGUGGAACAUUUAUAACAGACACAUCCUUGUUUGCAAUUGCUGGUAGCUGCCCACACUUGAAGACUAUUGUGCUGUGGGGCUGCCGUCAUGUAACUGAGAAUGGACUUCUAGCUUUGGUAAAUAAAUGCCGCAAACUUGAGUCUAUUAAUGCAUGGGGCAUGAGGGUUACUGUGGACUGUUU